AUGAAGUUCACAAACGCUCUUCUUUUUACCACUCUCGCAUCCGCAGACGCCAUCCAUCGUCGGCAUGAGGAAGCAUCUGGAAGCAAUAAAAUGCUGGAAGUGGACGAAAGUGGUACCCGUCUCCCGCUCCACAAAGCUGGCAGCGAAAUAUCCGUCAAGGCAGCACCCCAGCCCGAAAUGGUGGUGGAUGAAAGUGGCACCCUGCUUCCGCCGGAUGAACCUGGCCGCGAAAUAAUAUUCGUCGAACCGGCAAGCCAGCGCGAAAUUGCGACAGUGGAUGAAAGCGGCACCCUGCUUCCGCCGGAUGCACCAAGCAUUCGGUCACGAAUUACGGCGAUUCGAAUUGAAAUUCAACGCUUCAAUUCGACUAUAAUGAGCCCUAGUCUGCGUUUCCACCUUAUAAUAACGACAACGGGCCAGUUUGAAUCGCGUCUAGAAACCCGCGCCAAUGCUCUGCUGAAAACGGUAGCUGGGGAGAUAAUAGCUGGCGAGCCAAAGGAGAUAAUAGCUGGCGAGCCAAAGGAGAUAAUAAAGCUUUACCGCGCUUUUGCCUCUGACUGCCUCAUGCUCGAAAGCAGCAUUCGCGACUAUGUUGUGCCAUGGAGACCGACAGUUGAACAGUACGGCAGGUGUUUGCAGAUGGAAACAACCAUUCAAAGCAUCCAAGCCCGACUGCUUCGGGUAAGCAAGUACAUAGCAGCGUCUUUGGCACAAGAGCAACAAGACGUCUCGCUUCCGCAGUACCUUAACGAUGCUGUUGCCGAGUUUUCCGAGGGACGCUGCGUAAAGCGGACAAAGGCUCUGCCAUGA